UUCGGUACUUGGGUAUUCGCUGCACAGAGAAGAGAAAAAAAAACUUUCCUCGGACGCAAAAAUCUAUCCUGUUUUCCAUAAUUAUUCUUUCCUCACUUCCCGGUCACUAGCAACGGCACUGCAGCGGAGCAACAGUGCAAUCGUCUGUCCCAAUCUUCCACCAACCGAAAAUCAAUCGGCAAGGCAAAGCUUCCAGUUACCGUGAUACAACAUCGACAAUCUCCGUCGCCAGUGCUUCCAGUGGUUUUGUUAUUGUGGCCACUGUGGCGUACGCUGCACCGUGUUUGAUGCAUUUGGCUGCCGAGAUUUGCUAGAGUCGAGUGCUGAGUGAUAGUGCGACGGUCCGGUCCGAAAAUGAUAACCAUCGAUAAGAUCAAGGAAAACUUUCCCAUCCAUUGGCACGUGUGGAAUAAUGAUUAUCAGGAGCUGCAGCAAGCCAUCGGCGAGAAAACGCAUGACCUGGAAAAGCUGGAUCCACGGGGUCGAACACCGCUAAUGCUGGCGGUAAAACUGUGUCACCUGGAAUGCGUCAAAGCGCUGCUGGCCGCUAAAUGUAACGCCAACGUCGAAUGUGACGGAUGGUCAGUCGUACAGGAAGCCGUCUGCUCCGGUGAUCCGAACAUUCUGACCGCCAUCCUGGAGGUGCGUGAUCUGCAACGGCACAUCAAGCGCGUCUCGCACGUGCCCCAGCUGCUGCAGCACCUGCAGGACACGCCCGACUUUUACAUCGAGAUGAAGUGGGAGUUCACCAGCUGGGUGCCACUAAUGUCGCGCGUCUGCCCGAGCGACACGUACAAGGUGUUCAAGCGGGGCUCGAACGUGCGCAUCGACACGACGCUGCUCGGCUUCGACAACAACACCUGGCAGCGGGGCAACCGGAGCUACAUCUACAAGGGCCAAUCGAAGACGGCGAGCAUGAUCGAGAUCGAUCACGACACGGGCGAGGUGUCGGUCGAGCACAUGCGCAACAUCGAGGACGAAAACAUCGACGGCAUCCGGCCGAGCCGGGAGGCGGUGAACCUGCGCCUGCAGGCCCCGGUUAUCUGCAACCACAUCGACAUGGACAAGAUCAGCUUCGAGCGGAACAAGUCCGGCUUCUGGGGAUGGCGCAGCGAGAAGGUCGAAUCGAUCAACGGGUACGAGUGCAAGGUGUACGGGGCGAGCAACGUGAAGUUUAUCACGCGCACCCGCAACGAACACUUGGGCAGUGAGCAGGCGAGGGUGAAAAACUCCCGCACCCCGCUGCAGCACUUCCUCGGCAUGACGGAGGAAGACUACGACCAUGCGGCGGUGGCCGGUUCGAGUACAAGUGCGCUUAGGGGAGGAGAGCAGCCACCGCCGCCCAGUGCCCCGUCGUCGCCGUGUAACAAUGGUUCGGAGGAUCGCACGCCGGAUGGAGCGGAGGGCGAGUGCAGUGGCACCGCGCAGGAGGCGGCACCGUCGGCCGAAGAGUACUUCUCCGACGUGGACCUGAACGGGCGAGACGUCGGUAAACCAAAGCGAAUCACUGCCAAAGAGCAAAUGUUUAAGGCCAACAUCUGGCUGAGCGAAGAGUUCCCGAUCAAGCUGCAGGAGCAGGUGCUGCCGAUACUGGACCUCAUGUCCACGAUGGCCAGCCCGCACGUGUCGAAGCUGAAGGACUUUAUCACGAUGCAGCUGCCGUCCGGAUUUCCCGUUAAAAUUGAAAUUCCACUCUUCCACGUGCUGAAUGCGGUCGUCACGUUUGGGAACGUUUUUGCGAUCGAAAACCCGGUCCCGCACGUCAGCCAUAUCCGCGAGAGCGACGAGCGGGUGACGUGCGUGAUCGACGACGCGUGCUUCGAAGCGCCGAGCGGGUACGGUGUCCGGCGGGGCAUCGCCGACUUCCGGCAGCAGCUCACGUUCGAGGACGAGGACGAGCUGAUGCAGUUCGCCAUCCAGCAGAGCCUGGUUGAUUCGGGCAGCGAGAACGACAAGGUGGACAUCUGGGAGGCACUCAAAGCGCCGAGACCACUGACGCCGCUGUACUACGAGGACGAGCAGCUGCAAAGUUCCUCUGGUCGAGCGACCUCGCCCGAGACGAAAAAAUCGGGAAACUCACUGGGUGGCAUGCUGCCCACUUCCAUCGCUAGAAGUCCGCUAAAGAAAUUGUUUUCCAAAAGUUAAUCAGCUUUCGCUAUAUGCGCUUUUUCAAUGUGUGUUUUUGUGUGCGUGUGCGUCACUGCUUAAAAGUACUUUUUUAUCAAAGCAAUCUUUUGUGUAAGCUUUUGUGUAGUGACCAACCAAUGGAGGGCACACAAAACACACAUUUCCCUGUGUCUGAUUUAUCAAACCAUCCCACCAGAAAAUAGUUUAACAAUUUAGUGUCAAAUUUGAUUUCGAAUGCCACAGUUCUAAAUUACUGUUCGCCGGCCAUACACGUUGCAAAUAGAAACGGCAUGUUCCUAUGGUCAACUGACAAGAAUCUCCGUGCACAGACUCCUCCUCCACCACCUUCAUGUGUACUGCUGGCUGUGUGCGUUUGCAUACAUGUAGUUGUGCGUAGGCCGCCACAUCGCCAUAGUAACGAUUUCGCAUAUUUUGUCCACGUUGCCUAACGUUUAUUUUUACGUGUAAGUACCAUGUGUUGUACUGCUCCCUUCGUCGCCAUCGACUAUUCUCUGUUGCGCCCGUGUAGGAGAGAGGAUGAGUCAGGCCGCUGCUGCUGCAAACAGAGUACGAACAGAAGUUUCUAAUAUAAUGAAAACAUUACUAUGUGUCUUGUUAGUCAAGCACAAUUAUGUAGCGCAUCUAAUCAAGCAUUUAAGUAAACUUAUUUAUUCUACCCGGUAACACAUUUCAUUUGUUGUAAGGCUGUGUUGUUUACGAUAACGCUUUUGUGUUUACUUAUGCAUAUUUUAUGUUUUAAGGCGUUACACUCAAAUUACAUUUCGUUGAUGAAUAUGUUUCGCUUCGUGUACUGAAUUCGCCUCGCAGUGUAGGAAAUGUGUAUUUGCUCUAACCCCCUCCCUUCACAAACACUGUCCGCCGUAGAUGCUGGUACACUCUCCACCUUCCCUUCCCAUUGACUACUCUGCAUCUCCCCAAAUAUGUGAGUCGACUUCGCUGCUGUAAAAAACCCAAAAUCCCCCCAAAAAAAAAAUCCGUAUUGCUAGUAAAACAACAAAAAACCCACACCAUGGUUCGCUUCUCUAUGUUGUGUAAUUCACAGAGCUUUGCAAGAAUCACUGAUAACCGGAUUUCAAAGCAGUAGCGCAGCGACCGCCACCACCACCGCCGCCGCCGCCGCCUCUACGCUCCCUCCCGCCCUAGCCCUCGACCAUCCUGGCGGUCCAGCGGAUGCCUCGCCGGACGAACCCGACUCCGUGCCCGACUAUCUCGACCCGAACCUGGAGCUGGCAAUCAAACUGAGCCAGGAAGAGGAAACGCGCCGCGAAGAGGAACGUCGGCGGGAGGAAGAAAUGUUGGCGGAAGUGUUGCGGCUCAGCUUGCAGGACAAAUAGGGACACUACGGCCGCGGCGGAGCGAUUGCGAUGACGUUGGUGAAGGUGUGGAAAAAAAUAGAUGCUUCCGUACGAAGAUAAUCGAAUGCGAUCGAUCAACUGUGAACGAAACGACGGAUGACAUUGAAAUGGCGUCCUAUGCAGACACGGACCCCUGCGUGCAUCUUCCAACGUGCAGAAACCUCAUCCCCAUCCCUUACGAGGUGCUAAGCGAAGACGGGCGUAUUAGCGUGGAAUUUAGACCCGGUGCGUAUUAUUUAAUUCGAGUUAACCACAACGUUUACGCUGCCAUAGCAGAACGAACACAAAUGCGCCAAAGGGUGCACCAUCCUAUCAAAGCCAAGCGCUCACGCACGAAAGGGAAAGUACAACGGAGUGUGUGGAGUGUGGGUCGCGUGCGUCAGUUGUCCCGAACCGAUCCCACUUUAAAUCAAUUGGUACGCUGCUCCCUUCCUACCUAGUGCGUAACGCGGUCCUUUAUGAUAACCACUCUUAACGUCCCGUAGCUUCUUAUUUAUUAGUACCGUGACAUCAAGUGAUGCGCUAGAGCAAUAAUGCAAACGCAAAUCUUUACGCCCAUUCCCAUUAUUCGGGUUCGAAAAGAAAAACCCUCUUCCGCUCCCGCGCAAACAAAACAAAAACUUACCCCACACAACAAUCGUCUAGAGAGGAGGAGAGAAAAGAAUGAAAAAGAGAGGAAAAAACAGUGGAAAAGGAGGUAUGUUUCCUACAUAGUAUAUGUAUAUGUACGUACGUAUGAACUACGCGCUCAUACAGGUACAACAAACCAAUUGAUGCGUGCGCCAAAGCUGAUUCUUGCGGAUGAUUUUUUUUUCGUUUUGUUUCUGUUUUUCGAUAGCUAUUAAUUAAUGUACACUAUACCUACUACCUGAAAGGCGUAAGUAAGUAAGAGCCAGGAUAAAGCAAAAACCCUAAAGUGAAAUACAAAACUAUUUUAUACUAAUCGCUUCAUAAUCACAGUCAAUAAAUUUUAUCUAUUUAUACUA